GAGUGAUGUGGGAACCACCUGUUCUGUGUGAAGGACAAGAAAUAAAGCAUUGAAUGAAGGGAAGAAACAAAACAUCUGAUAAAUGGAAGCCAUGAAGAUAUCAAAGCGGUUCUAUGCUUUUGGGAUUUUGGCAUGCGUAGCUAUUUAUGUUGCAUACAUAAAAUGGCACUUGGAUUCCAAACCUGUCAUGGGAGCAACAGAAGGAGCUGCUGAAAGCAGGGCAGACAAACUGAACCGUCAGGCACUGACCACGGACCUCUCGGUCUUUUAUGGAAUUAUGUUUGACGCAGGAAGCACAGGAACUCGCAUCCAUAUUUUUAAAUUUACACAGCAGCCAAAAGAGACUCCCAAAUUAACCCACGAGACGUUUAAAGCACUGAAGCCGGGUCUAUCCGCCUAUGCUGACGAUGUUGAAAAGAGUGGCCAGGGAAUAAAAGAGCUCCUGGAGGUGGCAAAGAAGGAAGUUCCUAUGGAGCUGUGGAAGUUUACUCCUCUGGUCCUGAAAGCCACAGCUGGUCUACGGUUGCUGCCAGGAGAGAAAGCUCAGAAGCUGCUGGAUAAGGUGAAAGAGAUUUUUCAGGCCUCCCCCUUCUUCGUGAGGGACAACUGCGUGUCGAUAAUGAAUGGAACCGACGAAGGUAGCCUAGAUGAUCCACAGAAGAGAAGUGUAGGGAUGCUGGAUUUGGGUGGUGGAUCAACACAGAUCACCUUCCUUCCACGCACUGAGGCAACUCUCCAGACAUCACCAGCUGGCCAUACAACUUCAUUUCAGAUGUUUAACAACACCUAUAAGCUGUAUUCCUACAGUUACCUGGGACUUGGGCUGAUGUCAGCAAGGCUCGCCAUUUUAGGAGGAGUUGAGGGAAAACCCUUAGGAGAAGGGGAGGAAUUGAUCAGCCCUUGUUUACCUCCUGGCUUCGAAUCUGAAUGGCAACAUGCUGAGAUAGUGUACAAAAUUAAAGGACAGAAGGCAGGUGAGCCUUUGUACGAGUCUUGUUCUAACAAAGUGGCAAAGAUGCUCUACAGAAAAGUGCAUAAAGCUGAGGAAGUGAAGGACUUGGAUUUUUAUGCUUUCUCCUACUACUAUGACCGUGCAGCAGAGGUUGGUCUCAUAGAUAAAGAAAGAGGAGGAAGCUUAACUGUCAGCGACUUUGAAAUUGCAGCUAAAUAUGUAUGUAAGACCAUGGAAAUCAGCCCUGGAAGCAGCCCUUUUCUCUGCAUGGACCUCACGUACAUCACCUUCCUUCUGCAAGAACUGGGCUUCCCAAAGAGCCAAAUCUUCAAGCUCGCCCGGAAAAUCGACAGUGUUGAAACGAGCUGGGCGUUGGGAGCCACUUUUCAUUACAUCGAUUCACUCAAUAGACUGCAGCAUUAAAGCUCCUUGAAGUUGGGAAUCUCAGUUUUUGGAAGCCCAACAUGGGAGAAUCUGUUGAAGGGCCUGCUUUUGGCUUACAGAGUCCUUUGGGAGGUUGUCAUAAACUAGGGCCCUUUCCUCCCAAUCCCUGCCAAGUCCCCUCUAUCACUAGCUCUUUUUUACAGUGCAGAGUGCACUAUCUAAAGAAUAAGCCUUGAUUUAACAGCAUCUGCAGUCAACUCGAUGUAACUUUAUCAUUGUUGAAGGAAAACCAGGACUCUGCAGGACAUCUAUGAUCUCUAUGAGAAAAACACACCGUUUUGGAAUAUGCCUGUACUAUGUGCUUGUACUGUGCUGAAGUCGCUGUAGGAAAUGGCCACUCCAGAAGGAACUCUUUACUGUCCUGAUUUCAGGGUGUUUUUUCCGGUUUGUCAGCAGUUUUCAGUGAUUAUUUUUAUUUUACCACUUCCGUGUUUGAAGGUGAACUUGUGUGUGUGUGUGCGUGCCAAGGCGGUGCAUUUACACCAAUGUGCUGCUGACAGGCAGCAGUUUUGAAAUGCAGCGUGGAAGUCUCAGCUCUGCUUUCCACAUGCUGAACUAGAAAAGCUUAGAGGCACUUGAGAAACUGGAUGUGGACUUAAGAGGUAUGAAUCAGAGCCCAUGUGCCCCAUAGGAUUAAAG